GGACGAUGCAGAGUUUGAGUUCAAACAGCUUUUCUCAAGUUAACAAAUUAUGAGUUCCCUCAUCAAAGGCGACGAUGAUCAGAUUCUGGUGGAACAUAAGUUGUCUGCGAGAAUUCUGAUACUAAACAGGCCGAAGCAGUUGAAUGCCUUGUCUUUUCAAAUGGUAUCUCGGCUUCUGGAGCUUUUUUAUGACUAUGAGUCAAAUUCUGAUGUGAAACUGGUUGUCAUGAAGGGAAAUGGAAGGGCAUUUUGUGCUGGUGGUGAUGUUGCGGCUGUUGUUCGUUAUGCCAACGGAGAUAACUGGAAGCUUGGUGCAAAGUUUUUUGAGAUUGAAUAUCAAAUGAAUUACUUGAUGGCAACAUACAGUAAACCACAGAUUUCAAUUCUUAAUGGAAUUGUCAUGGGAGGUGGUGCGGGUGCUUCUAUUCAUGGUAGAUUUCGUGUUGCUACAGAGAAUACCGUCUUUGCAAUGCCAGAAACAGCUUUAGGACUAUUUCCUGAUGUGGGUGCCUCAUAUUUCUUGUCUAUACUG